GGGGUUCAUCUAAAUGUUCGAUCGUCAUGAUUUUUGGACUCAAUGGCGAACAUGAUGCGCCGCACCUGAUGGACGGAACAGAUAUCAUGAACACAUCACAGUGGGCCCCACAGAUGUCGACACUACAGUAAAUUACAAUAGCUUGGACACCAUAGAAUCAUUCCCUUUUUUAAAAAAAUAAAAUAAAAUAAAAAAUCAGGUAGAAGUGCUAAUAUAAGUCCAUUUGCAAGAAGAAGCGUUUUUUGGGUGUUCAACGCCAUUAGCGAUGGCGCCACGAAAAAUAUGGCGCACGAUAGGUGCCUGACCUUUCACCCUUUGUAAGUUUUAAGCCAUCCCACACCAUUAUUCAACCCCCACCAAACCUCAAAUGCACCUCUUCUCCAUCUUUCCCUCCUUCCUUUUCUCUCUCUCUCUCUCUCCCUCUUUCUACAACACAACACCUUCCUCUCCUUCUCCUCUCUCACCUAUUCUCCAUGUUCUUGCACCCACAACCACCUUCUCCCACCCCAUUAAUGGCCCAAAUCACCUCUGCUGAUUCAUCACGACCGUUGAACCCCAUCUCCAGCUUCCCCUUCUGCGUCGUGUCAUCAACCCCCACUGGUCAUAAUCCAUCUCCAAUAGCUCCACUUCAUGACCCAGGUUUGUGUAUGAUGAAUAACCAAGGAUGUGGAAAUAGAGUGGAAUUUUCAAAGUCGAGAAAGCGAGAAAGAGAAGAAGAUCCAAGUCUAAGUUCAUGGAUUAAGAAGAAGAUUAGUAGUAGUGGUGGGCAAUUAACUGCUAAUGGAUGGAGUGAUGAUUGCAACAAUCGAUUUUGUAUGGCGUGUUCUUCUUUGGGGGAUGAUAUAUCUGUUACAAUGAGGAGAGAACAGCAAGAACUCGAUCUAUUCAUCUUAAUGCAGAUGGAAAAAUUAAGGGUAGAACUGGAACAAAAGAGGAGAAGUUACUGGUUUAACCUAUUCCAAACACUAGAGCAAGGCAUGCAAAGGGUGUUAAGAGACAAAGAUGAACAGAUCGCUGCAAUUAGUAGGAAAAACACAGCAUUGGAAGAGAAGGUAAAAAUCCUCCUAAUGGAAGGGCAAAUUUGGAAAACAGUGGCACAGACCAACGAGGCGACGGCGACGUCGCUCCGGCGUGACCUUGAGCUUGCACAUGAAAAAGGAGAAGGAAACAACAGAGAAGUGGCCGAUUCGGAGUCGUGCUGCGAUGGAGGGAUGGUCGACGGUAGCCGGAAUUGCCAUGGUUGCCAUGAAAAAGAAAUUUCCGUCUUAGUGCUACCGUGCCGGCACCUGUGCCUAUGUAACGAUUGUGAUCAACGGUUCGGAUCAUGUCCAUUGUGCAUGUGUACAAAGAGUGCAAGCAUAAAAGUUCACAUGUCUUGAAAUUUCAUUACAUAAGAAAACUAAUAAAUUCUUUCUUUUGUAACCCGUUAAGUCUGUAUAUGCAUUAGGCAUGAAAAUGGAAAAUCGAGUUAGUGGUAGGGCAAUUUGGUAAUUUUAAUCA